AUGCCUGGCAAGAUUGACGCCUACGUUGACUGCGUGUCGCCAUACUCAUACUAUGCGACGAUUUAUUUACGAAAGCAUCGCAAAGCUCUACAAUCACAUGGUGUCGAGGUUGAGUUCCACCCGGUCUUCUUAGGUGGGAUUAAUGUUGGCUCGGGGAACAAGCCCCCCUGGACACUCCCCGCCAAAGCAAUGUACUCCAAAUUCGACUCGGAGCGAGCAUGUAAAUACUUUGGAGUCCCGCAGAUCCAAACACCAGACUUCUUCCCAAUCCUCUCAAUCAUGGUAUCAUCCUCUCUAUGUCUUCAAACCAUUUCUCCCUCACUAACAAAUCAGCCCCAACGAUGCAUGAUCUACAUCAAAAGUAACUUCUCACGCGAGAAGUACGAAACAACCUUCCUAUCGCUGUGGGAGUGGAUGUACUAUAAAGGCAUCGACAUCAGCAAGCCAGAGAGGCUAGCUGAGCUAUUACAGAGCAAUGAGUACUCCGAAUCGGAAGCCAAGGAGAUCCUGGCUGCGGCAUCGAGCCCAGAAUUCAAGCAGGCUUUGACAGCUAAUACGCAGAUUGCUCUUGAUAAAGGAGCCUAUGGCGCGCCGUGGUUUUGGGUGCGGAAUUCCGAGGGGAAGGAAGAACCCUUUUUUGGUAGUGAUCGGUUUGCGUUCAUGUGGAUGUAUCUCGGUUUGCCGUUUCAGGAUAUUUCGAUUAUUGAGAAGUCGAGGCUUUAG